AUGAAUGAAUGUUCAGCUCUACUACUCUUAGCUUCAUAUCUCCUGAACACUACUUUCAGGUUACGAGGAUCAUCCAUAUACUUGUUGUUUUGUCAUUUAUCCGUCAUUAAUCUACUCGAUCUGUCAUUCUCCGUUCUUCUUUCACUGCUUUUCGUGGCUAAUGGGAAAUGGACUUUUGGAGAAGAAUGGUGCCGAGUGAAUGCCACGGUGCAGGAGUUUUGUCAACUCUAUACAUUACUAACACUUAUAUUAAUGAGUGUGGAAAGAGCAGUUGGCUUAGCGAUUGGCACACCACCAACGCCGGGUGCUCAACCACUCCCAGGAAAAUCACGAUUGUUAAAUAGUAAUCGCAUAGUCGGUAUCGGAGCUCCGCUGGGAUACAUCUUAACUCGAUUAGCGCUGUACAUCGCGUGCCUAUGUGUACUCCUCGUCUGUAUUUCUCUAAUUUUCAAAAAACGAGUAUGCCUUCUGUAUGAUAAUAACAUUGUUUUUAAAUUGCCCUCCACGACUUUUCACUUCAGGAAGAGCAUUCAUUACCUCAACAUUUUCACGCGUAUUCCGAUUUUAUCUAUCUGUAACAGUAAAGAACUUGUGAGCAAGCUUAACAUGCUUGACAUUCCACAGGAUGCCGAUAUGCUCGUCACCUCGUUAAAGUUUCUGUUUCCACUACUAUCUCCUAUCUGCAUUCUGUUUUGGUGCUCAGAUAUAUCUGUCUACAUCAAGAAACUCUUCAGUUGUCGGACUUACGACCCACCAUGUGUGAUUGGGCAAUCAGCUAAUCGCUGCAAAGGUGGGCUUGAAAUUUCCUCUUUAGUUUGGUAUCAAGUUCCAAACUUCAAAAUGAUGGAUGGCUUGGUUUGCCUGGUAAAGGAUUCCAAUAUAACAUUGUAUUGUACGCUAUCUAUAAGCUUGGAACCAUCGUCUCAGAUCAACGCAGCUAUUAGGACGGCGAAAUCGCCUGCACGUUUGCCGAUUUAA